AUGAACAGCGAUAAAGGAAAAGCUGUGUGGAAUUCAACUUUAACAAAAAUUUUCAUUAAAGAAUGCUUGGAACAAGUGUACAAGAAACAAAGGAAAGGAACUACUUUCAAUAAAAAUGGGUGGCAGGCAAUAAUUGAGGGGUUUGAGGCAAAAACAGGAAAAAGUUAUGAGCAAAAGCAAUUGAAAAAUAAGCUAGAUAACAUGAGGAAAGAAUGGAACGAAAAUCCUCUUUAUGGAAAAUUUAGAUAUAAAGGUCUAAGAUUUGCAAGGGAAUUAACCUUGAUAUUCAAGGAUGUCAUGGCAACUGGGGAGACACUUUUUGUACCAUUUGCUACCCAGACCCAAAUAGAGGAUGAUGAUGAUGAGGAUGUUGAAGAGGAGCUAAAUUUAUCUGACACUGCAGCACCUAUGGGGGUCACUGGUGAGUUAUUGGACUUGAAUGUCACCACGAAUAUCGGUGGAACUAGUGGUGACAGAAGUCAAGGCAAGAGAAAGAGGGUGGUAGGCAUUGGUGGGAGGAAAAAGCAAAAAGUCCCUGCCUUAAUGAAAAUAGCAGAUGCGAUGAGUGAAAUGGCCAAGGAUAAUAAAGCUAGAACAGAGACAGUGAACAAGAUUUUGGCAAAUGACCUAGGAGUUUCUGAGGUUGUAGCUCACCUAAAUAGACUCCCAGAAGUUUUUGGUGAUAAAAAUUUGCAUUGGAGAUGUGUCAAUCUUGUUUUGUACAAGCCUAUGCGAGAUGCUUACUGA